AUGUCGGCACAAGCACCAUUCCGCAGGGGGGCUNNGAAGGAAGUCUUCCUGUACGUUCAAUCAAUUGCGUAUCCGCACUUCCAGCAUUUCUGUGACCAACGAAAAGUACUGACUACCAUGCAACAGNNGCCCAAUUUCACAGUGACCCUCAUCCGAUCACCGCGCAUGCCUCCCAGCUUCGCCAAAUUCAUUGUACCUCUCAAUAUGAACAAGCUCGACCUUCGCGAUUACCUCUUCCACGCAUACAAUGUCCGCGUCGUCAGCGUCCGUUCCUACAUCGAACAACANAAAGUCACUCAGGGCAAGCCCAAUGCUCCCAAGAUGCAGAUCAAGCGCUGGUUCCGCCCGCGUGCCAUCAAGAAGAUGACUGUCGAACUUGAGACUCCAUUUGUCUUCCCAGAAAUGCCGACCAAGGACGAAUUGAACGAGAACUGGAGCAAGGAUACACACGAACAGGCCCAGAAGGACAACGACAAGUACGCCGAGCAAAGAGGCAGAUUGGCCGAUACCUUUGUGGACAGGGACGAGAGAAAGAGCAUGAGAGAGCAGGCGAGGGCGCUGUUGGAGAGAAAGGAGCAGUGGAAGCCUGCCGAGACAUUGGGCUUUGCAUCAAGGAAGUGA